AUGCUCGAGGAGUCAAUACGGGAAGAAGGCGGGGUCCAGUUGUGUCAACAAUUGCGGCGUCCACGCUUUGAAAUCAUGGUUAACCAUCAGCAUGUGCAAAAGAAUGUGGAAUUUUCAGCAUUCAAAGUGACACUGGAGGACCGCCAGUUGCAAAUAAACAAGGUGCUCUUAAAUCCACAAAGCCUAGUCAUCGCUUUAUGGAUUAGGACACCCUGGAGCAAGUCCCAGAAUGGAGAGUUUUCCCCAUAUCCAGAAAUGCUCCUGGUCCCGCGCAUGAGUCAAUAUGGCUUCCUGGUUGCUAGUCGAUAUGGUGCGAAGGCUCCGAAAGUUCCCAUUCAAUAA